GCGGCGCCGCAGAGGAUCCCGCGGCAGGUUGUUGCGCUGGUGCCUGGUGGUCGAGGAUUUCUGCGCCCUCACCCAUUCCUCCUCCACUUCAAAACCCGCUCCUCUCUCUCUCCUCCGCCCUCCUCGCGAUUGCGGCGAAGAGGCGGCGAGAGAGAGCUCCCCCUCCGGAAAAAAACUGGAUAAGAGAGGGAGAAGUUGACAGGGAGGGGAGACGGAGGACCAGGAGCGGCGUCGAGCUAGAAGCGCUGCCGCCGGCCAUGGCGACCGCGGACCGGAACCGGAGCUUCAUGAAGGACGUGAAACGCGUCAUCAUCAAGGUGGGCACUGCAGUUGUCACCAGACACGAUGGGCGAUUGGCUUUGGGUAGGCUUGGAGCUCUUUGCGAGCAGGUGAAGGAACUGAACACCCUUGGAUACGAGGUGAUUAUGGUCACCUCAGGUGCUGUUGGUGUGGGGAGGCAGAGGCUCAAGUACCGGAAGCUUGUCAAUAGCAGCUUUGCUGAUCUGCAAAAGCCACAGAUGGAGCUGGAUGGAAAGGCUUGUGCUGCUGUUGGUCAGAGUGGCCUCAUGGCUCUUUACGACAUGUUAUUUACUCAACUUGAUGUGUCCUCUUCUCAACUUCUUGUGACAGACAAUGAUUUUGAGAAUCCAAAUUUCCGGGAGAGGCUCCGUGAGACUGUUGAGUCACUGUUAGAUCUUAAAGUUGUGCCUGUAUUUAAUGAAAAUGAUGCUAUCAGCACUAGAAAGGCUCCAUAUGAGGAUUCAUCUGGUAUAUUUUGGGAUAAUGACAGUUUAGCAGGUCUGCUAGCAAUUGAACUCAAAGCUGAUCUUCUUGUUCUACUAAGUGAUGUGGAUGGCCUCUACAGUGGUCCACCAAGUGAACCUCAAUCAAAGCUCAUACAUACCUACAUUAAGGAGAAACAUCACAAUGAAAUUACAUUUGGGGACAAGUCACGUGUAGGUAGAGGAGGAAUGACUGCUAAGGUGAAGGCUGCUUUUGUGGCUUCAAAUAGUGGCACGCCUGUUGUUAUUACAAGUGGAUUUGCAUCUCAGAGCAUUGUUAGAGUUCUUCAAGGAGAGAAAAUUGGUACUCUCUUCCAUAAGGACGCAAAUUUGUGGGCACCAUCCAAGGAUGUUAGUGCUCGUGAAAUGGCUGUUGCUGCAAGAGAAUGUUCCAGGCGUCUACAGAAUUUGUCAUCGGAUGAGCGCAAGAAAAUAUUGUUAGACGUUGCUGAUGCUCUAGAGGCAAAUGAGGAUUUAAUUAGAGCUGAGAAUGAAGCAGAUGUAGUUGCAGCACAAGAUGCUGGAUAUGAGAAAUCUUUGGUUGCUAGAUUGACCCUGAAGCCAGGAAAGAUAGCAAGCCUCGCAAAAUCCAUCCGCACUCUUGCAAACAUGGAAGACCCUAUCAACCAGAUACUCAAACGAACAGAGGUUGCUGAAGAUUUAGUUCUGGAGAAAACAUCUUGCCCUUUGGGUGUGCUCUUGAUUGUUUUUGAGUCUCGGCCUGAUGCCUUGGUCCAGAUUGCAUCUUUAGCGAUUCGAAGUGGUAAUGGCCUUCUCCUAAAAGGUGGAAAAGAGGCUAUGAGAUCAAAUACAAUACUGCAUAAGGUUAUAACUGAUGCCCUUCCUGACACUGUUGGUAAAGGACUUAUUGGCCUUGUUACAAGUAGAGAUGAGAUUGCUGACUUGCUAAAGCUUGAUGAUGUCAUUGAUCUUGUCAUUCCAAGAGGUAGCAAUAAGCUGGUUUCGCAAAUCAAGGCAUCAACUAAGAUCCCAGUUCUUGGCCAUGCCGAUGGUGUCUGCCAUGUAUACAUUGACAAAUCAGCUAACAUGGAUAUAGCAAAACGAAUUGUGAUUGAUGCCAAAAUUGAUUACCCAGCAGCCUGCAAUGCAAUGGAAACAUUACUUGUUCAUAAAGAUCUUAUAAAGUCCCCAGGUCUUGAUGACAUACUGCUAUCACUCAAAACAGAAGGAGUUGCUAUCUAUGGAGGGCCUGUUGCGCAUGAAGUACUGUCCAUUCCAAAAGCAGAUUCAUUCCAUCAUGAGUACAGCUCUAUGGCUUGCACAGUUGAAUUUGUUGAUGAUGUACAAUCAGCAAUUGACCAUAUACAUCGUUAUGGAAGUGCACAUACAGAUUGCAUUGUCACUACAGAUAGUAAAGUCGCAGAAACUUUUCUGCGUCAAGUUGAUAGUGCUGCUGUGUUUCACAAUGCAAGUACGCGAUUCUCUGAUGGGGCUCGCUUUGGAUUGGGUGCUGAGGUUGGCAUAAGCACAGGGCGCAUACAUGCUCGUGGACCAGUGGGUGUUGAAGGUCUCUUAACAACACGCUGGAUCAUGCGUGGAAGUGGGCAAGUGGUGAAUGGUGACAAGGAUGUUGCCUACACCCACAAGAACCUUCCUUUGCAAUGAGGUUGCUUUUGAGAUUGAUCAGGAUUCAGUGCCCAGUAAAGUCUGAUAGUUUCAUCAGACAAGUAGAAAUGGUGAAUCUUUGGAGAUCGAGGAUUGGAAUCAAUAGACUGCAUAUUCAGUAUUGUGCAAAAACAUAUUAUUGCGGCGUUUCCGUAGGUCAUUCUGUAGGAGAGUGGAGGCCUUGGCCUCCCCAGCGUUACAAUAAAGUAAAGCAGUGCUGAGAGUAAGAGGGUGCGCACUAUUGUACCGAAGCUAUGUGUAGGUUGAAACCAGAGAUACCGAUUGCAUUGUUUUGUUUAGUUUAUUUUGGUCUGAUCGAACCAUAUAAUAUCGUAAUUCUUGUGCUCGCUUAGUUGUU